CACCAACAACCGCUUCGACCAUGUAGUCCUCCUCUACUACCUCUAGGGAUGCGGGCAACAAUAGCAAUGACGUGACAAUUGGGUCUGGUUCGGCGUCGCGCAAAACCAGCACCGCAUCGGAGUACACGUCGCUGUCCAUUGAUUACAUGCCGGACAACGCCAUCACACCAACAGACAAUGAGACAUUUCCACAACUGGAAGGAGGCAUGGACAAACCGCAAGCCGAACAGAAGGCACGCAAUUUGGCCAUAAGCCGUGUGCAAAUGUUGUUGGAGUCAACAAGGAGCAAAGCGAAACCGAGAAGCUUGAAUUUGCCAUUGAAUCGUCAGAUGAAGAUUGUGGAAGAUUUGAAGCACACCAGAAGCUUAGAUGACCUAAGCGAGGUGAACAUUACGUUCGAGAUGCCCCCCAGCAAAGCUGCCAAGCAGGCCACGGAACUAAACGCCAAUGCCAAUGCCGACAAAUCCAAAGAGAGUGGCGUUCAACUGGGCUCAGUGCAGCCACCGGGUGCUGCCAAUACGCUGGAACAGCUGAAAAUCGAACUCGAGAAUAUAACACACGCGCAUGCAUUCGCCUCCGCGGUGGUUGCCUCCAUUGGCAACAGACCCAGCACUUAUCAAGCCUCGCCGGCAAUCGCAUCGAUGAAAGGGCUCUCCGCUCAGCUGCAACAAAAACAGCAGCAGCAGACCUUGCAACUGCAAUCACAUCUGCAGCAGCAGCCACAACAAACUGUAACAUCCAUUUACAACCAGCAACAGCAGCCAAAUUUUCAAGUGUCUGCGGCGGGUCAGCUACUGCAACAGGCGCCGCUGGUAGGCCAGCCACAGCAGACAACCCAGGCCAUGCAGCAUGUCCUGCAGCCGCUAUUUAAUCCAGCUGUUGCUGAAGCCACUCAUCCUCACCUGUUACCGAGCGAUAUUCAAUCGGACAUUAAACACAAUCUAGACUCAUUGGUUAAUCAGUUGUGCAAUACACGAUUCGGCACCAACCAACAUCAGCGACUGCUGAUAAUAACUAACUCCAGAUCCAUAUUUUCAAUAUAG